AUGAGAUGUGAGGCCCGGUGGUGGAUUGUGGCAGCUCGUGCUUAUCUGCUGCACUUGGUUGGUUGCACUUUUUUUGCUAACAAGAGUGCAACAUAUGUUCAUGUGGUGCACCUAGAGGCUUUUCGCAACCUGGGUCAGAGUGGUGGUUAUGCCUGGGGAGUUACCGCGCUGGUUCAUAUGUAUGACCAGUUAGAUGAAGCUUCUAGGACCACUACACGACAGAUUACGGGGUACCUGACUUUAUUACAGUGUGUCACAGAUGAUGCAUACCAGCAGACGUCCCCACAUGCUUACCGGUAG